GAGAAAGAACACAUCGGUUGUUAAACCAGGGAAGGAAGAGAGAACUGCCCUAUAGCGUGACUCCUCCAGCAAUUAAAAAAAAAUUACAAGCCUGUGUAUUUUACCCUAAAAUGUCGAGAUUUGUACAAGGUGCCUAGGCAUGCCAAAAGCACUCAAGGUCUAAUCUGACACAGAUAAGGAGUGAAGAGUCUUGGCUGAAACUGGAGCCUGGAAGAGGGCAGGCUGCCCUGUGCCUUUCUCCUUCUAAAGUGAAAAUUCUGAUGCAGGGAAGUAAAGGCAUCUUGGAAUUGCCAGUACCUCUCAAGGGGCGCUUUAGUAAAAAUUUAGAAACUGGGGUGGCUCCCCUUCUAAAAUGGAAAGGAUUCCUUAAAUUUUUCAUGUGGCCUAGAGAGGAGGAGUGAGGAGUCUUUUGCUUCUAUAAAAUUGCCCAGCAGUUCUCUUAUAAGAUCUUAGCAAAGCAAUGUCUCAAGAUGGCGCUUCUCAGUUUCAAGAAGUCAUUCGACAAGAGCUAGAAUUAUCUGUGAAGAAGGAACUAGAGAAAAUACUCACCACAGCACCAUUGCAUGAGUUAGAGCAUACUGAAAAAGACCUUGAUGGAUUUCGGAAGCUAUUUCAUAGAUUUUUGCAAGAAAAAGGGCCUUCUGUGGAUUGGGGAAAAAUCCAGAGACCUCCAGAAGAUUCAAUUCAACCCUAUGAAAAGAUAAAGGCCAGGGGCUUGCCUGAUAAUAUAUCUUCUGUAUUGAACAAGCUAGUGGUGGUGAAACUCAAUGGUGGUUUGGGAACUAGCAUGGGCUGCAAAGGCCCUAAAAGUCUCAUUGGGGUGAGGAAUGAGAAUACCUUUUUGGAUCUGACUGUUCAGCAAAUCGAACAUUUGAACAAAACCUACAAUACAGAUGUUCCUCUUGUUUUAAUGAAUUCUUUUAACACAGAUGAAGAUACCAAAAAAAUACUACAGAAGUAUAAUCAUUGUCGUGUGAAAAUCUACACUUUCAAUCAAAGCAGGUACCCAAGGAUUAAUAAAGAAUCUUUACUUCCUGUAGCAAAGGAUGUAUCUUACUCAGGGGAAAAUACAGAAGCUUGGUACCCUCCUGGUCAUGGUGAUAUCUACGCCAGUUUCUACAACUCUGGUUUGCUCGAUACCCUUAUAGGAGAGGGCAAAGAGUAUAUUUUUGUGUCUAACAUAGAUAAUCUGGGUGCCACAGUGGAUCUUUAUAUUCUUAAUCAUCUAAUGAAUCCACCUAAUGGAAAACGCUGUGAAUUUGUCAUGGAAGUCACAAAUAAAACACGUGCAGAUGUAAAGGGUGGGACACUCACUCAAUAUGAAGGCAAACUGAGACUGGUGGAAAUUGCUCAAGUGCCAAAAGCACACGUUGAUGAGUUCAAGUCUGUAUCAAAAUUCAAAAUAUUUAACACAAACAACCUAUGGAUUUCUCUUGCAGCAGUUAAAAGACUGCAGGAACAGAAUGCCAUUGACAUGGAAAUCAUUGUGAAUCCAAAGACUUUGGAUGGAGGCCUGAAUGUUAUUCAAUUAGAAACUGCAGUAGGGGCUGCCAUUAAAAGUUUUGAGAAUUCUCUAGGUAUUAAUGUUCCCAGAAGCCGUUUUCUGCCUGUCAAAACCACAUCAGAUCUCUUGCUUGUGAUGUCAAACCUCUAUAGCCUUAAUGCAGGAUCGCUGACAAUGAGUGAAAAGCGGGAAUUUCCUACAGUGCCCUUGGUUAAAUUAGGCAGUUCUUUUACAAAGGUUCAAGAUUAUCUAAGAAGAUUUGAAAGUAUUCCAGAUAUGCUUGAAUUAGAUCACCUCACAGUUUCAGGAGAUGUGACAUUUGGCAAGAAUGUUUCAUUAAAGGGAACGGUUAUCAUCAUUGCAAAUCACGGGGACAGAAUUGACAUCCCACCUGGAGCAGUAUUAGAGAACAAGAUUGUAUCUGGAAACCUUCGCAUCUUGGACCACUGAAAUGAAAAAUAUUGUGGAUGCUUUAUACUAAUUAUGGGCUAAAUAGUUUCUUACAAUGAAAUGUUCUCUAGGAUUCUAAAAUCAGCAGGUACUUCCCUGCAGUGUUGAUUUUUAAAGUAGAGUUUUCUGCAAUAUGCUUUUAGUCUAAAAAAGGCACUGAUGGAGCAAUACUUUCCUUCUUUGAAGAGGAUACUGAAAGUUAGUUCAUCUUAAAGUGCAAUAUUUAAUCCUAAAACUGGGGCAGCUCUGCUGAAAGAUCUUUUAACAGAAGUCUCGAUGAUGGUCAUUUUGAAUUGCUUGUAAUUUCAAAAAUAAAGUGAUGAAGCAAUA